AAAAUGCUAGAUCCUUCCUAUCCCAAAUAAGAAGCGGCCACGAGCAUCCUAUUUUUUUACUUGAAUCGAAACGAGCUCAGUGCCCUAUUCGAAUCUGAAACCGAAAAUCGAAAAUUUCUGCUUAUAGUUCUUAUUCAUCGUCAUGGGAUACUUUAGAAGAACAAAGUUCUCCCUCGAUGCUUUUCGGAAUUUCACUUCCAGGAUCACAUCCAAUGGUUCAAUCCAAGAACCCAGUUCGAGAAUUUCCCAAACUGGGUCGAUAUUUUCAGCCAAUACAGCCAAGUCUUCCCAGUUUUCUUCAUACUCCAUUUUUUCUCAGAAAAUGGGUUUACAAGUUGCGCCAAAUAGAUUUCAUAAUAUUCAGUUCAAUCAGAGCAAUCCCUUUUUUGGUGGCGCUAAGAGAUAUUACUAUGUCGAUAGGUACCGGGUUCGGCAUUUUAAGCCUCGUGGACCCCGGCGGUGGUUUCAGAACCCGAGAAACGUGCUGAUUGUGGUUCUGGUGGGUUCUGGGGUUGUGAUCACUGUGUAUUUCGGGAAUUUGGAGACUGUCUCAUAUACCAAUCGAAAACAUUUCGUGCUUCUAUCGAGAAGCAUGGAGAGGAAGCUCGGGGAGACGCAAUUCGAGAACAUGAAGGCGGCCUUUAAGGGCAAAAUAUUGCCGGCGAUACACCCGGAAAGCGUGAGGGUGAGACUGAUAGCCAGGGACAUCAUUGAAGCGUUGCAGAGAGGGCUGAGGAAUGAGAAGGUAUGGAGUGAUUUGGAGUAUGCGUCCGAGAGUGUAGGCGGGGUGCACGAGGCGAAGGCCCAUGAGACCUUGAUGGCGUUGAAAGACAGUGAGGAAGGGAAGUGGUUUAAAGAGGACGAAAUUCUUGAUGAUGAGUGGGUUCACCAGAGCAGGAAGAAGGGACUGGAGAGAGGGUCUCAACCAGAAACAUCGCAUUUGGAAGGAUUGAAUUGGGAAGUUUUGGUGGUUGAUGAGCCUGUUGUUAAUGCGUUCUGCUUACCGGGUGGGAAGAUUGUCGUGUUUACAGGUUUGCUCGAGCAUUUUAGAAGUGAUGUUGAGAUAGCAACAAUACUUGGGCAUGAGGUUGGGCAUGCUGUGGCUCGACAUGCCGCGGAGUCGAUUACAAAGAACCUGUGGUUUGCUAUUAUACAACUGAUACUUUAUCAGUUUGUUAUGCCUGACGUUGUCAACACAAUGUCUGUUCUUUUCCUAAGGCUUCCUUUCUCUCGGAGGAUGGAAAUUGAAGCAGAUUACAUAGGGCUACUAUUGAUGGCUUCAGCUAGAUAUGAUCCUCGUGUGGCCCCUAAAGUGUAUGAAAAGUUGGGAAAGUUGACAGGCGAUUCGAAACUAAAGGAUUAUCUUUCCACGCAUCCGUCCGGAAAAAAGAGAGCUCAGAUGCUGGCUCAAGCCCAAGUCAUGGAAGAAGCUCUUACUAUAUACGGGCAAGUAAGAGCUGGUCGUGGGAUCGAAGGUUUUCUGUAGGACAACACAAGCUCCUAAGUGCAACUUCCUUAGGUCGGUCAGGCUUGAAUCGAAGGCUUCCUGUCUACUUAAAGAUUUUUGUUCAUUUUAUUUGUUGAUAUUUUUUGGUCUCAGUAACAGUAUAUUUAUGUGUAAUGGGAUUCUUCUCAACCCAGUCCUUUUUUUCCUCGGCUGCAAUAACCAUUUCUGGACCCGAGGAGAAUUCUCUGUUAUAGAACUAGUUUUUAUUUUUUUCAUUUAUUUAUGUUGCAUAAAUAAAAACAAUAUGGUUUUUUCAA